AUGGCCUCUGGAAUCUCUUCAGAUGAGGAUUCUGCAGGGACAGAACCGGACGACGGGCUGUUUGGACCCAAAAAACUUCCAGCAACCAAUGACGCGUCGCCUGCAACAGCAGGUCUUGAUCAAGGCACAACAGGGGCUCAACCGGCAGUCUUGCUCCAGCGGGGACUCCCAAACAGCAAUGUCAGUCCCUUAUUUGCUGAGUUGCUGGCACCACUAUCAAAGCAGGUUCGACCACAGCCAACUGAGGUUUCACAUGCAAUGGACACUGGGGGAGCCCAGUUGUACCCCAAAUCGAGGAAAACUGCAAAGAGACGGGCGAAGAAACAAGGCAAGGGAGUGCCAAGCCCCAAGCGGGUGAACCCUGGGAUUGAUGCUAGCAGCAAUGGGCCUGCGGCAAACCCUCCAGAGGUGGCAGUCACAGGUUCGGCUGGUGGCGGCACCUACCUGGCCCAGCAUCCCUUUUCCUGGGCAGCAGGCCCUGUCAGUACACCCGCAGGUGGUGCCCUUGAAUUGAAACCCAUGGCUAGUCAAUUUCUGCCUGGGUAUCAAGUAGGCUCAGGUGCACAUCCCGCAAAUCAGCAACUCGCCUUCCUGUCUCAGCUGCUUGAACAGCAGCAGCGGCAGCAGCAACAGCAGCAACAGCAACUGUCGCAACUCUUUCAGAAAGUGCUGCAACCCAACUUGGGCUUGCCUUCGAUGGGCUUGAAGGCAGUUGGAGUGCCUGGACCGCAAGCUGGGAUGUCUCUUAGACAGCCGUCAGGUCAAGGAGGCGCCCCCACUGGUGCAGGUGUAAUGGAGGGGAGUGGCCUGAAUGGAGGUCACAGUUUGUUUUCCCGCCACCUGUGUGGUGCAGACAAUGGGGGGGCAGUACAAACAAGUGUCGUGGGAGGAGCACCCGACUCGAACUUGCUGCGGGAACUCCUGUCAGUGGCCCAGGCAUCGGGCAGCCUGCACAACAGACCACCACCACAUUCCUAG